AUGACAAAGGACGUGUUUAUCCUGUUGCGCCCCACCCUCACAAUUUUCCUUAGCCAAACUCCUAUGUUCAGACUGAAGAAUCGUUCGCCUUCAGAUAUCUCUACGCUCUCGAAAACGACUCUGGCGGAAAUAAUGGGAGAAAAGUUGUCGAAAUUUGUCGAGAAAUACGGAGGAGACGUCCAUCGAUUGCUUGCGAACGAUGAACAUGCCCCAAGCUUCGGUAUUACAGCCCUCUUCGUGCUGAACUGCAAGAGCCAUGUGGACUUCCCACCAACGAUACUGAAGGUUGAAAGUCCUUCAGAGAAUAGUUGA